UACGAGAGCUCGUCUCACCCAACUCCUCUGCUCUUCGUCUUCUUCUCUUCGUUUUUCUUUUUGCUCCAGAAUCUCGGCGUGGAUUUGAGGAUCGAUGCAGCCAAGCGCGAGAGAUAUGCAAGUGCAAGGCAAAACCGCGGCGUCGCUCAAUGGGAUCGCCGCCUCCUCCGACCAGAUCGCGCUUCCGGAACUGCAGAACGGCCAUGGUUCGCAAACUCCAUUCGAUCACGGAGGCUCCGUCGGACACGAUGACUUCCUUGACCAGAUGCUCUCCGGCCUUCGCUCCCCUUGGGCCGAGCUCGGAGCUACUAAGGCUCCCUGGGACGCACCGGACUCGGAAGGCCCCACCGCCGCGCAGAGGAUCUUCGGAGUCGGAAAAGAGGCGGAGGAUGGCUUGCCGUACGCUCCAUUUGAUGAGUCCGCUCUCCUUGCUAACAGGCUCCGCCAGUACCAGAUCAGCGGCGGGAGCUCGCCGGUGGGGAAAGCAAUGAUGCUCCCGCUCAGUCAUCAUGGUCAGCAGCAGAUGCUAGCCACAUCCGGCGACUCUGGAUUCCUCCCUUUGCCUCUGACGCUUGGGGGCUGCGGCUCUGUUGAUUCCCCUAAUUCCACUGUGGGCGAUGGGCGGUACAAUGGAUUCAGCGGAGCUCUUCAACACACUGAGUCGGCUAAUCAACACACUUUUCCUCAUCCCCAGGGCGCGCCUAUGCUUGGCCAGAACUUUGGAGCAGCGCCACUGGCGCCUGGACUAACCCAAGCCCCUGCUGCGGCAGUCUCAGCCUCGGCCUCCGCCGGCGGUGGCGGCACGGGGCCGCCGAGGCAGAAGGUGCGAGCUCGACGGGGCCAGGCCACAGAUCCCCACAGUAUAGCCGAGAGGCUGCGCAGGGAGAGAAUAGCAGAGAGGAUGAAAGCUCUGCAGGAGCUGGUCCCCAACGCCAACAAGACGGAUAAGGCGUCAAUGCUGGAUGAGAUCAUUGACUACGUUAAGUUCCUCCAACUCCAAGUCAAGGUUCUGAGCAUGAGCAGGUUAGGUGGGGCGGCGGCUGUUGCACCACUCGUGGCUGAUAUGUCUUCUGAGGGGCAGAGUAGCGCGGGGAGAGCAGUCUGCGCCGCCGGCGGUAGCAGCGACAGCUUGACGGUGACGGAGCACCAAGUGGCGAAGCUGAUGGAGGAAGAUAUGGGCUCAGCCAUGCAGUACCUCCAAGGGAAGGGCCUCUGCCUCAUGCCCAUCUCCCUCGCCUCUGCCAUCUCCUCCGCUACUUCUUCCUUCCACCGCCCCCACUCCUCGUCCUCCGCCACGCACGGCCAUCUCCACCCCCUACCUAACGCCGGCUCCUGCGACCCCCCUUCUUCCCCCGCUGCCUCCGCCCUCUCUGCCCACUCCGCCAUGGCCAAUGGCGCCGCUGACGCUGCUAAGGACACCAUUGUCGUUUCCAAAGGCUGACCACCAUCUCCAUCAAAACUAAAGAACACGGUGACUCAACAAAAAAAAAAAAAGAGGGUCAACUUUAGAAAAUGCAUUUGACUUUCGCGUCCUUGUCUUUCCUUUGUAGUCUCCUCAGCAGUGCGUCAAACAGAACCCUCUCCGUUGUUUUCUUUCAUCAGCCUUUUACUUACGACUGUUUGAUCCUCCUCUUUUGCUUCUUGACCUGUAUCUGUAUCAAACUUUACUCUUCUCUGUGACUUAAAUUAUAGUUUGCUUUAAUCUACAGCUUAUAGUGUGGUCA